AUGGCACCGACCGUGGAGAUUUCGAUUCCGUCAACGACAGUCUCACACACUUCCACUCCACACACUCUCUAUCACAUUACUCUCCGCCUUCCACUCCGCUCCUUCACCGUCUCCAAGCGUUAUUCAGAUUUCGUGGCUUUCCACAGUGACUUGAUCAGCCAGACAAACGCUCAGCCCCCACUCCCUCUCCCUUCGAAGUCAUGGUUUUCCAAUACUGUAUCAAACGAGCGUUUCCGUGAAGAGCGUCGGCGCGGGCUUGAACAAUAUCUCCGAGCCAUAAAUGAAGCGACCGAUGGGCGAUGGCGCACUUCAUCCGCAUGGCGAGCGUUCCUGAAUCUGCCUUCCGUAGCAACCGCGUCAAGUUCAAAUGGAACGACAAUAACCUCAUCCCGACUACACGCUGCCAUAACGGACCCGAGCUCGGCGGCCAAUGCUUCCAUAAACGAUCCGACGCUGUGGCUCGACUAUUACCGCGACAUGAAGACUCACUUGCAUGAUGCCAGGCUACAGUUGUCACGCAGAGAUCAGGAGACAACCCCCCAGAAACAACAUGAAAGCUCAGCGCAAGCAAAGUCAAGUCUCGUCCGCGCGGGCUCAAUGAUAUCAACCCUUGAGGAAGGGCUGAAAAAUCUGGGCAUGCGCGGAAAUCAAGAUCCCUCAAGGUCAACGUCUAGCCUGGGUGACGGGGAACUUCGUAGACGGAAGGACCUUCUAAUCAACGCGCGCAAGGAACGAGAUGGGUUGGAGGAUUUACUGCACGCAAUGGCUGCAAAGAGUCGCCUGGACAAUGCUGUUGCCUCGAUUGAAGACAAGGAGGCUCUCUUGAAGGCUAGCAACAUGGAUGCGGCGGGAGGACGCCGGAAUGCAACUCGCUCGGGAAGAGUGCUCGGGAAAGAGACCGAGCGCACGCGCGAGCUGGACAAUGAAGGCGUGUUGCAAUUACAACAACAGACAAUGCGAGACCAAGAUCAGGAUGUGCAGGAGCUGCUGAAGAUCAUCAUUCGACAACGAGAGCUAGGAAACGCUAUCCAUGAGGAAUUGGAGGUCCAGAAUGAAAUGUUGGAAUUAGCAGACGAGGACACCGAUCGGCUGAACGCUAAACUUGAUAUUGCCAAAAAGAGAAUUGGCAAGAUCUCUUAA